AAGUCCGCCCUCUAUGUCAUUUAGACCAAUAGCAACUCUCUGCUUCGGCGUGACGUCAGCGUCAGUGCUGGUUUUCCCGGUUUCCGGUCCUCUGCUCUUCCUUUUCCGUUUGCUGGUGAUCGGUGUUGGAGUGCGAGAAUGCGUUACGUUGCUGCUUACCUGCUUGCCGCCCUUUCGGGCAAAGACAACCCCAGCUCCAAUGACAUCAAGAAGAUCCUGGAGAGCGUUGGUAUUGAGGUCGAUGAGACCCGCAUGGGCAAGGUUGUGUCUGAGCUCAACGGCAAGAAAGUGGAGGAUGUGAUUGCCCAAGGCUACGGUAAACUUGCCAGCGUGCCAUCCGGUGGUGCAGUGGCUGUGGCCAGCUCUGCUGCCCCUGCUGCUGGAGGAGCUGCAGCACCUGCAGCUGCAGAGGAGAAGAAGGAAGAGAAGAAGGAGGAGUCUGAGGAGUCCGAUGAUGACAUGGGAUUCGGACUGUUCGACUAAACUGUUUCUUGGGGCCAAAAUAAAAAACUGUUAAAAAUG